AUGUAGCUCCAUAUUUCCGUGUGUCUCCGGGCCAGGUCCAGACCCAUCUAGAGGGUAACAGGCUGGUACUGACCUGCCUGGCUGAAGGCUCCUGGCCUCUACAGUACCGAUGGAUCCUCAACAACACAGACAUCACACACUUCUCUCCACUAUACACGUAUAGUAUCCCAGUGGUCCAGAGGUCAGAUGCUGGGUUGUAUCAGUGUGUGGUCAGGAACAGGAUGGGAGCCCUGUUACAGAGGAGAGCUGAGGUGCAGGUCGCCUUCAUGGGUAACUUUUCUGGUGAGGAGCAGCGUCGUACAGUCAGUGUUGGUGGAGCUGCGGUCCUGAACACUCCGACCGUCAGCUGCUUCCCUAGACCGCAGGUCACCUGGUACAGAGACGGUCACAAGAUCAUCCCCAGCAACAGAGUAGCCAUCUCGUUGGACAAUCAACUGGUUGUCUUGGCGACCAGUGCGGCUGACGUGGGGCGGUACUACGUACAGGCGGUCAACGAGCUGACCGGAGAGAACCACACCUCUCCCUCUGUCUACCUCAGCAUGGCUG